AUGUCUCUAAACAGGAGUUUGUGUUUGUUUUCGCGGCUACACCGCCACAUGAACACCCGGACUGCCGCCUUUAUCUUCGCAUGUCGUUGUCAUGUGUCUCCAGAGCCUGCUUUAUUACAAAAGAAACAACAGGCUGGAUCAGUGGUUUAUAGCAGGAGUGUGUCCUCUAACAGCUCGUCGACAAAACCUCCGGACACCUCUCUGUUUGUCCCUGUGUCUCUGAAGACUGAUAACUCCGCAGAUGGAAGUGUGGGAGCAGAGCUGGCACAACCACUGGAUAAAAGUGAGUCCAUUAACCUCAUUUCAUCAUCAUUACUACAGUCACAUUGAAUUGAGUUUGUAGAUUUCUCAUGAACUUCAGAAAAGUGAAACUGUUCAUGUCAGGUGUUUCAAGAACAAUAGCUGUCUGAACGUUAACUGUGUGUGUAUUUCUUUCUUUCUUUCCGUGAGUACAAGUGAAGAAAUAACCUCUCUCUAAAUCUCCUCUGGAUUAUCUGACGCUUGUUUUCUUUAUGUCUGUGAUUCAGAUGAACUGCUGAAACUUCUGAACAGGUUUUAUAAGAGGAAGGAGAUGCAGAAGCUGGCAGCAGACGCUGGCCUGGAUGGUGAGAAGUUACCUCACAUGAUCAUAUCACUACAUUGUUUUCUUACUUUUAAACCAGGUCGUUUAUUUCCCAAUCUGCUCAUCACUGGUGCUUUUACCAACUAAUCUGUCGUAGAGGAUUUUAAGAUUCUAACAUGUCAUCAUUUUAAUGCUCCAACAAUGACAUUCAACCUUGUUUCUGAGGUCAGUUUCAGUGCCUCCUGUGGACAGAGCAGUCUUUGUCUAUGUUGUUCCUUACAUGCUAAAGUAGCAUCUCCUCAUGUAAAAUCUCAUCUUACAGACUUUUCACAGUCAAGUCUAUCAUUUAUAGUGAAUAUUUUAUAGGAGCUGUGUAAAAACAGAUGCUCAGCAGACACCUACCCCCUCACACCACUUUUAGGCAUAGAAAAUUACAGUCAACAAAUCGUCUGUUUUGUGGCUGAUGGUUUUGUUUGCUUUUGUGUAUCAUUGAAAGGCAUCUGUAUGAAUUUCAGACCUUUUCAUAAACGCCAAAAAGACCCUCAAAGGAGAUUUUUAAUAUUGCUCAUUUUUAUUUUAAUGGCAACAAAAUGUUUUAAAGUAGUUUGGAUGGGGACGUGUUUGCCAUUGGGUUGCACCAUCCCCCCUUUUUUUAAGUUGUAUUGUUCAAGCAUUUUUGCCUUUAUUAGGUAGGACAGCUGAAGAGAGACAGGAUCCUGUCAAUGUGGUGUGCUCGGCCAGAGGUGCCCCACCAGCAGCUCUUCUUUUGACAACCCUACAUUAACCCUGGAGGCCAUUCAGACCAGUUUCUGGAUUUAAAAACUGAAAUGUUGUCCCAUUCUUACCUGAUGUAGGAUUACAGCCGAACUAAAACCAAAAUCAUACAGACUUCAGAAUUUGAACUCUUUCCAUCUAUUAUUGCUACUGAUCUCCCUUUCUGCCUCUCAGUAGGUUUUCUAACUUUUAACAUAUUUAAAGUUGUUGUAAAAGCUUGUGAGUCAAUCUGAUACAGUAUUAGUCAUGUGAAAAACAAAGGUAAUUGUUUUUUUUCCUUUUUUUUCUUUUUGAGAUGCCUAUUGGCAAGGAUAUGUUUUAAUCAACACAGAUCUUUAUAUAAAGGGGGAAGAACUUUGGAUCUCUAUCAGACGUAGGCUUUCAAAUGAUCGUCAAACCAUCAAACUCUGUUUUUAUCCAUAUUUUACACAGUAUCUUUGGCGGGAUUGGGAUGGCGCGUUAUUUGACUGACUUAUAAGUGGCUUGAGCAGCUGUGAUUCAGGAAGAUCAGGUCAUCCCCAACAAGCUUAGAGCUGUGUCUUAGGCUCUUACUGUCUAUGGUCCAAACUGUCCUUGAAUGACACACCAAACCAAAUGUGCUCCCAUUGGCAUAGACAGGAGUUCACAUGGUAGUUCUCUGAGUUUUUAUGUGUAAAUUUGCAGGGUAGAUGGCAAUCUAACAACCAUGCUUUGUAUGAUUAUGUCUCCUUUAUUUUGUGUUUACAGUUCGCCUGUUCCACCAAGCCUUCAUUAACUUCAGGAAGUACGUCCUGGAGAAUACAUCUCUCCCCGCUGACCUGCACAUCAUCCUCAGUGACAUCUGUUACGGAGCAGGUUUGUACGUUUAAAGUUACACCACAGAACAGCGUCUCAUUAAUCUACAACACCAAUGAAAAAGAUAUUGGCUCAUUUUAGUGUUUUUUUUAUAAUCAGGUCAUGUAGAUGACAUCUAUCCAUACUUCAUGCGUCAUGCCAAGCAAAUCUUCCCCAUGCUGGACUGUAUGGACGACCUGAGAAAGAUUUCAGACCUCAGAGUCCCGGCUAACUGGUACGUCUUCAAGAGUGGGAUCCAGAAAUCUCUGUAUCUAUGAAACAUUAGAGUAAAUAACUGCUGCCAGCAGUGGUUCACACCUGAACCUCCAGAUUGUUGUUUAGAUGUGCAGGUACAAUAGGGUGGGAAUUUAAGGGCACCUCACACUACAAUAUGAUAACAACAGUGUCUAUUACAUGACAGAGAUUCUAUGAUAUUUGAUAACAUGCAAGAUAACCAUUAACUAAUACAUCAUGGUAUCUGAUUAACUGAGACUAGAAAAGGGAGAAAUAGCUAAUAAUAAUAAUAUAAAAUUAUAAUAAUCUAAUAUCUGGUACUUUUUACCAACUGUUGCGAUUUCUUAUCAAAUCUUAAUUAUUCCUAUUUCUAUUCUCCUUCCAUUAAUAUUUGUAUAAUCAAGAGCAAGUGUACUGCUGUAAUGACUGAAUUACUGAGGAUAAAAGUAUUCUGAUCAGAGUCAUCAAGAAGUGAAGUAGGUAGUUGAAUUAAAAGGAAGUUGAUUUGAAUCAGAAUAUUAUUAAAAAUCUAAAAUGUGGAUCCUAUUUGACACCAGUGUUACAAUAAUCAGUACGAGGCUAUGUUUUAACAGAUAUGUCUACAUAUCGCUCAUUGAAUCCACUCUCAUCUAAAAUAUCUCAUCCUGGUUCAACUUCCUCACUACCACCACAAAAACAGAACUCUCCCACAUAAUAAAUCAGGCCAGAAAAAUAACCAGAACAGCCCAACUCCCUCUAACUGAACUGUACAGGUGCUCAGUGGUGAGGAAGGCCACCCACAUCACUGAGGACCCCUCCCACUCCCGCGCCACUCCUUCAUGCUGCUGCCAUCAGACAGAGAGUACAGAACCCAACUGGCCCAGGGAAAACAUUCACAAAAAGUCAUUCAUCAUGUGAUGAAACCGUGUCAAAGAGGAACUGCUGUUUUCUUUUAGAAUAGACAAUAUACUUAGCUUAUCUUACCAUAUCUUAUUGCCAAAUUGAUCCUAGUGCCAUUCCUUGCGUGCAGCAUUACUUGGUGUUUGGUUGGAGAAAUGUGUACAUAUGAUUGUUUUUCUAGGUACCCAGAGGCUCGUGCGAUCCAGAGAAGGAUUAUUUUCCACGCUGGUCCCACUAACAGCGGUAAAACAUAUCACGCCAUCCAGCGCUUCCUGACUGCCAAGUCUGCAGUCUACUGUGGUCCCCUGAAGCUGCUGGCCCACGAGAUCUUUGAGAAGAGCAACAAUGCUGUAUGUCUGUGCUCUGAUAAACCACUCUCUCUGCUUAAUCAUUAGUGUAAAGUUGCAUUGUGGGUAAUGUACACUCUAGUUUUUUAAAACAGAAAAAGUAUUUAUUAUAAAAAGAUGAUAUCUUUGAGUGUACAGCAUUGAUUUUGAUCAUUUUAAAGUGUCUGUAAUUAUAAAUAAUGUUUUUGUUUUGUUUUGUUUUUUAAGUGCAUACACAAAACUAAAUACAUUACAGUUUACUAUUGUCCUGCAUGUGUAUUUCUGUGUGUGUUUGUUCUCCCAGGGUGUGCCAUGUGAUCUGAUCACUGGAGAGGAGAGGACCUACAUGGACUCAGAUGGUCGAGCGGCUAAUCAUGUGGCCUGCACCAUCGAGAUGUCCAGUGUCACCACUCCUUGUAAGUAAACGUGGCGCCUAGAAACAUUUAAAAAUCAUAAGAGUAAGAGACACCAGUAUUCUGCUGAGCAUCACAUUUGAAAUUGUGUUUGAGUUUUGGUCUCAUUUGAAUAAAAUAUGAUCACUUUUUUAUGUUCAGAUGAAGUGGCUGUAAUUGAUGAAAUUCAAAUGAUCAGAGAUAUAUCCAGAGGCUGGGCCUGGACCAGAGCUCUGCUAGGUUUGUAUCACCAGUCUUACACACACACACACACACACACACACACACACACACACACACACACACACACACACACACACACACACACACACACACACACACACACACACACACACACUCACAGGACCUCUUGCCUUAUCUUAGACCUUGUGACUCUCCAUUUUGCUCUGUGAUUUAUUCAGCCCUUGAACAAAUCUUUACUAAUCACUUCAUUGGACCCGCUUGUAACAUUUGUGCAGAAAUCAAAACUAACAUAUACACAUUUGGCACAUAUCUUUUCUGUUUACACUUAUUAAACCCUCUGUGUGUUUGUAGGUCUGUGUGCAGAGGAGAUUCAUGUGUGUGGUGAACCUUCAGCCAUAGAAUUCAUCAGAGAGCUGAUGUACAUGACCGGAGAGGAGGUGGAGGUGAGUGUGUAAUAUGUAUGUGGUCCAGCAGCAGGAGGAGAGGAGAGGAGGGUCAGUCCAGUGAUUCCAGUCUUGGCUUUAUCUCUCUGUCCUCAGAUCAACACCUACCAGCGCUUGACUCCAUUCAAAAUCCUCGAUUAUGCUGUGGAGUCAUUAGACAACUUGAGACCAGGAGACUGUGUUGUCUGCUUCAGUAAGAAUGACAUCUACUCCAUCAGCAGGCAGAUCGAGGCCAGAGGACUCGAAUGUGCCGUCAUUUAUGGGAGUUUACCUCCAGGUCAGUUUGUGUGUGGAGGGAUGUGCUGUAUGUUUCUGUCACUUAUGACCUGAUAUGUCCACUUGGAUGAUUGUUACAGCUAAACAAAUACAAACUUUGAUUAUGAAGUGUUUAUAUUUAACUUUCUGUGAUAAUUUAAGCUUGUUGGUUGGUAGAAACUCCUAUGUGUCGUAUUCAGACAUUUUCACAGACACUAUAGGAAGUUUUUUCUCUGAUUUGCAGGCACCAAACUGUCACAGGCCAAAAAGUUUAAUGAUCCAGAAGACCCUUGCAAGAUAUUGGUGGCUACAGACGCCAUUGGAAUGGGCCUUAAUCUGUAAGUAAUUUCAGACUCUCCUCAUUACUGCCUCCAAACCUGAAUAGAAGAAUACCAAGUGUAAUGGGGCUCACAGAUGACUUUGCGACUGACCUGGACCACUUCUUUUCUGAGUAGUUUCAGUGAAAAGAUGUCAUUACACUUGGUUGGUCAGAAAAGUUCUUGUUUUUUGUUUGUAAGAACAAGCUUCUCUGCAAAGUCAGCAAUGAUUUGAAUUUUCAUGAACUAUCAACAAAGUGCAAAAAUGCAAAACUAUUCAGAGUCAUAUCGCUUCUCACAUCAAUGCUGAUUUUUAUAUCACUAUUGUCAGUUUGGAAAAAAUUGCUUUUUGUAAUAUUGCAGUUGGGGGGGGAUGUCACUUCUGCCCACUCUUACAGCCUAGUGUCAAAAGGAAGUACUCAAUACUUUGAGUACAAUUCAACUAAAGCUUAAUCAGUAGAUUAACAGACUGAUAGUUUUUUACUGGAGUACAAUAUUUGGUACUCUUUCCAUCCCUGUAGGAACCUUUCUCCAGGUUGAACCCUUCAUGUCUAUCAGGAAAGUUUGUUACUUUGCAGCUUUGUAGUUAACUGGCAUUUUUUGCAUUCCCCACUAGGGGUCACCAAAGUCAAAAUUUCCUAACUUUGACUCAAAGCAGUCUGUGUCGAUUGAAGUUUUAGCUGAGAAAUCGUUAUGAUCCCCUGCCGUGUUUAUGUCUCUCUAUUUCCCACGGUUGUCCCGCCUCUGCGCAGGAGUAUAAAGCGAGUCAUCUUCAACACGCUCUCGAAACCUAGAAUUAAUGAGAAAGGAGAGAAGCAGAUGGAGACCAUCAGCACAUCACAAGCUCUGCAGAUCGCCGGCCGUGCAGGGAGGUUAGUCACAUUUCUACUCCUUAUGUUCAGAGGAAGUAAAGGUAUUUAGAAGUUACCGACUUUUUGUCGAGCUUCUGUUUUAAACUUGUCUCUUCUCUCAGGUUCUCCUCCAUGUUCAAAGAGGGAGAAGUUACCACCAUGCAGAGAGAUGAUCUGCCUGUUCUCAAAGAAAUACUCAGCCACUCUAUAGAUCCCAUAGAGGUGAAACAUACACUCAAACAAACUGUAAAACUCUGUAAACCUCAGCUUCAGUGUGUAUUCUAUCACUAAAAUAAAGUGCAAAAAUGAUGCUCUCGAUGUGACGCUCUGUUUUUCUUGUCUCAGACUGCAGGUCUACAUCCCACAGCAGAGCAGAUAGAGAUGUUUGCCUAUCAUCUACCUGAUGCUACACUGUCAAACCUACUUGUAAGUAAAGAUAUCUGUUCAUUAAUUUCCCCAUUGUUUAGUACACUUUAUGAGCAGCAUUUGAUAAUCAUAUUUGGAUUAAGACAAUUCAGCCUACUUGCUGAGGAUUCACAAAUGUCACCUUUGUGUAAACACUUGCUGGUUGUGCUGCAGACCUAAGUUAAAUGAAUUUACAGCUUUGUUACCGUUAUUGAAAUAAUUCCACAUUAUUCUGGUUUAAACUGAAGUUUAUUCAAAAAGAGCUGAUCAUGUGGAAGUGUGUGUAGGCUUAUCAACUCCACCUCACACCCCUCUGGUUUCUUCCCUGCAGGACAUCUUCGUCAGCCUCUCUCAGGUGGAAGGGCUGUAUUUCGUCUGCAACAUUGACGACUUGAAGUUUCUGGCUGACAUGAUUCAGCACAUCCCGCUCAACCUGAGGGCACGUUACGUCUUCUGUACCGCUCCCAUCAACAAACAGCCUUUUGUGUGCACCUCCUUCCUGAAGGUGAAGAUCUUUUGAUUUAUGGUCAAAUUUAUUCUGUUCAUCACAAAAAAUACUUUCUUUACAGGCUGUAUUCAAAGAUAGAGAGUGUGUCUUUAUUUCUUGCUGUGCAAAGGUGAAGCCAAAAUACCCUUGCUAUGGGUAGUGACUUAUUGUGCAUUUGCAGUGUCUGGGCAGUAUGGGUCAGAUCAUGACAUCUUGCCGCCUCUGUGGAUCAAAACCACACCUUAAACUCACUGAUAAAACUGCAAAAACCCCACAGGGGGGCCACAGCCCACAGUGUCACAGCUCUUCAAGUCCAUUUUUAGCAAACACUCCUUUUUUUUUUUUUUUAAAGUUAAGGGACUUUUGUGUUAGUUGUUAGCUUUGCUCUCAGCGUUCUCUCUCUUCUCUGCAGAUUUUGCACACAGCCCUAGAGGAGCUGUCAACAGGGUUGUCUACAUUAAUGCUACAAACCCAAAUAACUGAUGGAAACUAAACUUUAAGAAAACAAUAGUUGAUAAUUUAAACAUGAUACCUAACUUUAACAAAAGAAAAGUUAUAUGUUAUUAAGAGUUUUUUAGUUUGACCCAUGUGCCAUCUGGUUACAUGGAGGAGUGGAGCACCAAUGUCUUUGGCAUCAUCUUCUGCAGUAGUCAUGUCAUCCACCUUUUCAUAUUGUCUGUGAUUCUAGAAAAAGAAGAGAGUUGUUAGUAUGAGGAGUGCUCCUUCACUUUAUGGUUUAAUAACACUGAUAAAACUAAAUCCACUAUCAAUUUGCAUCCAACCUUUGAGAUUUACUAUCAAAUGAUAACCUAGUGUGGUGUCUGUGGUGUAUAAAGCAGAGAAACUUGAUCAUUAUUGAUAUUUGUAAGUGGCAUAGUUUGAGUUCUGUGUUCAUUCUGGGCCUGUAUCCUGUAUUUGUGAUGAUAAGACACUGACACAGCUGAAGGCAGCAUUUAAAGACAUGUCCUGUUGUUUUAUUUAGUUGCAAACUGGGCUCUUAAAGCUUUUAAUGCUAAUAAUCUGUCAGAUCAAACUUGUGCUGUUCUGACAUGGGCUGACGCUUAGCUUACUUGUAUUAAUCUGAAUCUCUUUUCUGCUUUAGUUUGCUCGUCAGUUCAGUCGAGAGGAGCCCCUAACAUUUGAUUGGAUCUGCCGCCAUAUCAGCUGGCCUCUGGCUGCCCCAAAAAACAUCAAGGACCUGGUUCACCUGGAGGCUGUUCAUGAUGUUUUAGACCUUUACCUCUGGUUAAGGUAAAUUCCUGCACCUGUCAUUUAAAAAAAGAUGAUGAGGAUUUUUCAAAGUUUGCCACCCUGAUCCUCGUUGUUGUUCUCUCCGUCUGUUCUCCUGCAGCUACCGUUUCAUGGACAUGUUUCCAGACACAACCCUUGUGAGAGAAAUCCAGAAAGAACUUGAUAACAUCAUUCAACAGGGUGUCCAAAACAUCACCCGUCUCAUCAAGGCCACCGACCCGGCCAUGACUGGAGAGGCCGCCGGCAAAAACAAAUUGACCCUAGGCAAAAGUCAAAGGGGUCCGAAAGAAAUGAGCUCCCUCACUAUGCGGCUUGUGAGAGAAGGGUUGUUAACACCUGAACUGCUCCGUCAGCUGCAGAAGGAGUGGUCUGAAGACAGUCAGGGGGUACUUCAGACAGAUGAACAGAUGAAAGGGAGAAGGAGGAAGAAGAAGAAAUGA